AGUAUAGGUUUAGUUGGUCAUAAAUUUGGCAGAUUGGUAACGGCUGGAAGCUUAUUAUUUAAGUAACCAAAAGAAAAUAAAGUAUUUUAUCAAAUUAGCCAAAAAAUUUGCAUAAUUUAAUUACUAUUAGAGCGAUACAGAUUUAAAUCAAUAUAAGUUUAAAAUAAAACCAUGACUGAGGAGCAAAUAAAUAAUCUAUCUAUACAUGAAGAUGAUGAUGUGGUGGAUCCCUGGAAUGUGGCUGGAAAGUCUGAAACGGGGAUAGAUUAUGACAAGCUUAUCAAAAGAUUUGGUAGUCAGAAAAUAGAUGAAGAGGUUAUAGCAAGAUUCGAGAAGGUUACUGGCAAGAAAGCACAUCACUUCCUAAGACGAGGCAUAUUCUUCUCUCACAGGGAUAUCCACAGUAUUUUGAACCUGGUGGAAUCCGGAAAGAAGUUUUAUUUAUACACGGGAAGAGGUCCAUCUUCAGAUAGUAUGCAUAUUGGUCAUAUGAUACCAUUUAUGUUCACAAAGUGGUUGCAAGAAGUGUUUGAUGUUCCACUGAUAAUACAACUCACUGACGACGAGAAGGUUAUGUGGAGGGAUAUAAAGGUAGAAGAUGCAAGACAGAUGGCUUACAGCAACGCCAAGGAUAUUAUUGCUGUGGGAUUUGAUCCUUCCAAUACAUUUAUAUUCAAUGAUUUAGAUUUUAUUGGACAAUGUCCAGCAUUCUAUCAAAAUAUGUUGCGGAUACAGAGGUGUGUGACAUUCAAUCAGGUGAAGGGGAUCUUUGGGUUCGGUGACUCGGAUGUUAUCGGGAAAAUUACCUUUCCGUCUAUAGAGGCUGCGCCUGCCUUUUCCACUACAUUCCCAUUCAUUUUUGAUAAUAAAGUGGUACCUUGUCUUGUUCCUUGCGCCAUCGACCAGGACCCGUACUUCCGUCUGACCCGUGAUGUAGCUCCACGUCUUCGUCUCCCAAAGCCAGCGCUUCUGCAUGCUACGUUCCUACCAGCCUUACAGGGAGCACAACACAAAAUGUCUGCAAGUGAUCCAAACGCAUCCAUCUUCCUUAAUGACACUCCGAAGCAGAUUAAGAAUAAGAUCAACAAGUAUGCGUUCUCCGGCGGGCGGGCGACGGUUGAAGAGCACCGAGAAAAGGGCGGGAACACUGACGUUGACAUUUCAUACAAAUACCUCACGUUUUUCCUAGAAGAUGACGACAGACUAGCUGAGAUAAAGAAGCAGUACGAAUCUGGCGAAAUGUUGACCGGUGAACUGAAGAAGAUAGCCAUCGAGACCAUAACCCCCAUCAUCACGGACUACCAGCAGAGGAGGGUCAAGGUCACCGAUGACGUCAUGAACGAGUUCUUCGCUAUCAGGAAACUCAACUUCUAGCACUUCGCCUAAUCACAAUAUAUAUAAAUAUCAUUGUAUGAUUUAAUAAGAAUAAUGACAGGAAUUAACCUAAUUUUCAUAUGUAUAUAACCAGUACGUUAAUUUAUGUUAAAGAUAUUCUGGGUUUAAAUACAUUAUGGCAUUUAAGUUUAGCGUAGUUGGUGUUGUAUGUAUGCAUAUUAGUGUGUUGCCAGUUUUUAUGACAACCUUGAAGCUAUCAGUUUCUUUAUUUUGCAUAAUUUAUUAUAUUUAUCAUUUAACAUAAAAAUAAAUUGUAUUUCUUAACAACAUAUUUAAAUAAUAAGAUUACUCUUGUGUUAUUAUACUUGGAUGUAUUUCCUUUGAAACCCUAAGAAAUUUACAUGAUAAUGUUUGAAAAAAAAAAGGAAUUUUUAAAAAUAUUUAGCUUCCCUUCACUUUAAUUAUGAGACUCUGCUAUCAUUGUAACAAUUUUAAUAUGCAAUAAAAAUACAUACAUGCAUUUUAUAUUUUUGUCCAAUUUAAUUUUCAAUAGUCUUUGUAUCGAUUGAAUAAAAUAAAUAGUUAAUAAUAAUAUGUAACCUCUUUAAUGUACUGGUAGUGUUGUAAUGUUCCUGUUAUCUCUUACUGCAACAUUCACCUGGCCUUAUAAUGGCUGUGCUUGAAACAAAAUUUAUUUAUUUUCGCUAAUAAAUCGCAUUUUUUUUAAAUUU